AUGUCCCCACCAACAACAUCCGCCCUAGUCCUCUCCCUCCUAACAAGUCUGGGCGGCAUAAUCGGCUACACACGUACCGGAUCAAUCCCCUCAAUCGCCGCGGGCGUCUCCGUCGGCCUCAUCUACCUCCUCGCAUUCCUGCGCCUACGCGCCAGCCAAUCCUACGGCGAGGAAUUGGGUCUCCUCGCCUCGGCCGUGCUGGGUGGAAGCUCCGUGCCGCGCGUGAUCAAGACGGGUGGAAAGCCUGUUCCGGUAGUUUUGUCAAUCCUGGCUACAUAUGGACUUUAUGUUUUUGGAUUUGCGCUUAAGGAGAAGAAGGCAUGA